AUGCCAAUCUGCAUCUCAUGCCGCACCCCGGUGCGCACACUCUACACGACCUACUCCAAAGCCGACGACCGCGCCCUCGGCAAAGGCGUCCGCCUAACCCAAUGCCCCGUAUGCAAGAAAUUCGCGGACAAAUACGUCGAGCACGAUUUCGUAGUCCUGUUCAUCGACCUCGUGUUGAUCAAAGCGGAGGUGUAUCGACACUUGCUGUUUAAUCGGUUGGGGAAACAUGAGGGACGGUUGGGGUUUGAUCGAUCAAUCCUCCGCCUCGGCAUCCUCCUCCUCCUCUUCGACGUCUACCUAACCUGGGCGCGCAUCGAAAAACUACCCCUCCCACCUACAUCGCCCUACCACCCAACACCCUACUCCCCCUCCUCACCCGCUCUAAACACAACAUCCACAAGCCCCCUCGUCGCACCCCACGACGGCAUCACAAACGCCGUAGUCCUCCAAGCCCACCCACUAGGCCUGCAAUACCUAUUCUUCCUCUGCCUCGUCACCCUCUGCACACUAGCCUUCCACCUCCCCAUCCGCCUCCUCUGCGCCUUUGACGCCACGCGCCUCCCUAGCUCGACACUCCGUCGCUUGUGGCGGAGAUGCAUACCUAGUUUCGACUCCCCUACACCACUAUCGACUGCACUGCUGGUGAGCAGUUGCACGAAACUGUUUCCUAUCCUGCUUAUUAUCUGGGACUACGAUUUACCCAGCUCGGCUACGGCGGUGAGUUGGGCGGUUAUUGUGAAUAAUAUUGCGGCGCUGGAGAUACUCAUGGAUUGUGGGUAUGUGAGGGCGGGUGUGUUGGUGGGGAUAGGGGCGGGGCUGAGGACGGCGGUUGGAUGGGGGAUUUUGAGGGCGGCGGGGUUGGGGACGGGGUGGGAGGGGUAUUGGAGGGAGUGGACUGUUUUGGGGGGUGUUUGGGGGUGGGUUGGUGGGUUGGUUAGUGCUUCGUAA